UUAGGGCCAGGCAGCCUCAGACCCCAGCGGUCGGAACCAGGAUACACAGUCAGCCUAGCCUUGCUCUUCUUCUCUUCUUCAGACUGUGCCAUGGGGCUCAGCGACGGAGAAUGGCAGCUGGUACUGAACGUCUGGGGGAAGGUGGAGGCUGAUCUCGCAGGCCAUGGGCAGGACGUCCUCAUCAGGCUCUUUAAGGGUCAUCCCGAGACCCUGGAGAAAUUUGACAAGUUCAAGCACCUGAAGACAGAGGCUGACAUGAAGGCCUCAGAGGAUCUGAAGAAGCAUGGCAACACCGUGCUCACCGCCCUGGGGGCCAUCCUCAAGAAGAAGGGGCAUCAUGACGCGGAGCUGAAGCCCCUGGCCCAGUCGCAUGCCACCAAGCACAAGAUUCCCAUCAAGUACCUGGAGUUCAUCUCGGAAGCCAUCAUCCAUGUUCUGCACAGCAGGCAUCCUGCGGAGUUCGGUGCCGAUGCCCAGGGAGCCAUGAACAAGGCCUUGGAACUGUUCCGGAAGGACAUCGCCGCCAAGUACAAGGAGCUGGGCUUCCAUGGCUAAGCCUCACCCCCCAUGCCCCUCUCCCCACCCACCUGGGCAGGGAGGGAGGGGACUUAAUCUUGUGUAGCUGUAGUGCCUGCUUCUGAGUGAGUGCCUGCUUUGUUUGUGAGAGGCCGUGGGAGAUGCGGAGGGGCUGGGGGCAGGGAGAGGGAUGAGGGUUUGUUCAGGUGGUUUCACGUGCCUGGGGACCGGGCUUCCUGUGGAGGGUCGUCAGCUUGGUAACCAGGAGAAGCUUGGCUCUCCUCACGGUGGCCGGCAGAGUUUGGGUCCCACUCAACUCUCCUUUCACCUAAAUCCCAACCCAAUUCCUUCCAAGCUCACCUUAAAUCCCCAAUCCAAACCGUCCACCUAAACGCCAGCCAUAAUUCUCUGAUCCAUCAGCUCACCCCGUGAAGAAAGUAGAAUGUCCCCUUGCACCGGGAAGGUCUGGGCUGGACUGGACAGCCACACCCAGCCCCUGGGGCGCGUGGUAUCUGGAACAUGAGUGUACCUUCUCAGGUGAUGGAGUGACUCACCUGGCUUAAUAAAAGACUCGCAUGCCAUA